UAGAUGCUCGACUACAUAACAAUGUUGCAUAAACUGCCGAUGUAAACAGAAACGUGUGGGAAGUUUCUGUAGCUGUCUCGGAAAAUUUGGUCUUUGAAGCUGUUUGAAAUAGGUAUUUUGUGAUAAAUUUUAUCAUAGGAGGUUCAGAGAAAGAUGCUGCGUCAAUUGAUAAAUUCUACGGCGAGAGUUACUUGUCAGAGCCAAAGGUUGGGAAUCCAGUUACUUCAGCCAAGAUGUUACCAGUCAACUAGCAUUGAUGAGGACAAGACAACAGCUACUAUUUUGAACCAGGAGACCGAUUCUGGGCUCAUGGUAGAUGCAUACAGCCAGGCUGGAUUCAGACUAAAUAAUGGGAUGAAAGUGUUAGGCCCCAUUGCUAUAUUCCCUAGAUCUGUUCUUAGUUGGAAGGUAAAAUCUGCAGAGGAUAUAAAUGAAGAUUCACUGUCUCUCUUUCACAUGUUGGAGCCUAAGAUUGAUCUUUUAGUGAUUGGUGUGGGAGACAAAGGCAAUAAAGUUGAUCCUCGUGUUGUGCACUACAUGAAGAAUAAGGGCAUCACAUUAGAGAUAUUACCAACUGAAACUGCCUGUACAACAUUCAACUUCUUGAAUCAAGAAAGGCGAUAUGUAGCUGGUGCUUUCCUCCCUCCAAUUUCUCUACGUAUAACUGAUGAGGACUUAGUGCAAUCACAAAGGAGAAGAAACAAGCUAUUUUUGUCACAGGAUGAAGAUUCUGUAUUUUAGUUAAUUAAUUAAUUGCUAUGUUAAUAUGUUGAAUAUGGUGUUUAGGUUGUUAAAAAAAAAGAUUUUAAAGGGGCCUUUUUUUAAAGCACUAUGAACUGUUGUUGUUGUGUCUUCAGAUUUUGGCUAUCUAUUUAUUAAAAAGUUAUUUUUUGAAUUACAGUAUCGACUACAUUUUACUGGAAUACCUCUUGAAAUUUGUAGAUAAUGCAGUAAAAGAUAUAUAUGAAAAGUUAUUCGAUGUCUGUAUGUCUGUAACUAAUGUAAAUAAAUGUAGCUUUUUAUAUAA